UCAUACUCACAUCUAAAUUAUCAUUUUAUCAAAUAAAGAGAAAAUAUCGUUAAAAUAAUUGGUGUGCAUAUAAUUUGACAUAAGAUUUUUGAUGAGUUUAAACUGUUAAAAGUGAACAGUGAAUUUGAUAUUUAAUAGGCUAUUAUCGUAAGAGUUUUCUGGACUAUGCAGUGUAUGUAUAGAUUAAUGAAAAUGAAUAAAUCUUUGUGUAACGUGGCCUGUUUAUUUUUACUGCUGGUUGUUAUGAUAUGGCUAAAAGACAGUAUGAAUUCAAAGACGCAGAUUCACGAUUCUGAGGAACCUCUUGAACGGUCGGGGAGACAUUCCGGUGCAGUGGACGUUGCUGUUUCUGAUCCAGAUUCAGAAUUUCAGCUGCCGUCCGACCCAUUUGCUGCAAGUUUGAUAAAGAGAGGAAAAACGUAUUGCGAUUCAAAUUUCAUUGCAUUCGGAAAAUUUGCUAAAGUGAAAAACAUUAUAAUAAAUCCAGCUUUCGGAAAAUUAACGAGUGCAGUAAAUUCAAAAAUUGGAUUGUACAAUGUUUUGCCUGGAUUUUUCAUUGAUUACAACGCAUAUUUGCUAUGUAGAGCCUUUGACCUUGAUCCUAAAACUGUAAAUAUCCUUUUUAUAGAUGGUCUACCAGAAAUGUCAACAAAUUCAACAUGGAAAACACUUUUUCGCCAAGUCCACAGAAUCCAAGAAAUAAAGAAACCGGUUAUGUACAAGAAUAUGAUAUGGGGUUUAAGCGACAGUGAAAGCCCACUAAAUUCUAAGUACAAAUUACAAUCCAUUCCAAAUCUGGAAAGUUUUAGGAAAUUUUUCCUUAGCAGACACAACCUGGAUUAUAAUCAUAAAAAAGAUUGUAAAAAAUUAAACGUGUUAUUUAUGAACAAAUUUGAUGCCGUCAUCGAUCGGAAAACGGGACAUGCUAUUGAAAACAUUCGUGAGGACCGCUUUUAUCCAUUUAUGAUGGAAAUCUUUUCAGAUCAUAAAUUACAAUCGUACAAAACACUAGGUAGUCUACAAGACAAGAUUGAAGAUGUCUCAAAAGCAGACAUACUUGUCAGUAUACAUAGAGAAGAGCUUGUAAACAUUCUGUUCUUACCAGAGCAGGCUAUAGUCUUUGAAGUAUUUCCAACGAAUUAUAGCUUAAAUGUGAACAACACAUUUCAGACAUUAGCUAAAUGGAGAAAUCUAAAUUACCAUUACUGGGAGGCCGAUACUUUUGAUCUGCAAAAAUCUUCACUUGCAGACGCAUUGCCAAGAGAACUGGGUCAUAUAGCUGCAAAAUUUCUGAGGCAAUUAUGUUUUCAAAAUAAUUUCUUAAAUUGGAACUAGAUUCUAAAAUAAAUGUACAAGAAUCUUGAUACAUACUUCUGUUUUUGGUCAGACAUUUUAAAAGUCUCCAGUCAUUUAAAACAGCAUUGCCUCCAGAUUCAUGCUAAUUUUUAUGAAAAUUUUGAAAAUAUAUUGAAGAAAUAAUAAUUAUGUAUUCCAAACAUUGAUUUUAUGUCUAAAUGUCAUUCAUUGCAUAUAACAUGUAAAUUAUUACUUGGAUUGUGAA